GGAGCUGGGGGCGGCGGCGGCGGCUGGGCUUCGCGCGAAGAUGGCCGCUCCGCCUCUCGUCUCCAAGGCCGGCUGCUCGGCCGCCCACGCCGCCAACGCCGCCGCCAGCGGGGCCGGGGGAGCGCUGGGGCCGGCGCGGGCGGCCGCCGCCUUCCCGGAGCUGGACUUCCGCUCGGGCGCCCGCCUGGAGGAGCUGAACCGGCUGAUCCAGGACUUCGCCCGGCAGGACCAGCGCGAGUACGACGACCAGCGCGCCCUGGAGAUCCACACCGCCAAGGACUUCAUCUUCUCCAUGCUGGGCAUGGUACAAAAACUUGACCAAAAACUUCCAGUCGCCAAUGAAUACUUGCUGCUUUCUGGAGGGGUCCGAGAAGGCGUGGUGGACCUUGACCUGGACGAACUGAACUUCUACGCUCGUGGCACUGACUACGACAUGGACUUCACCCUGCUUGUGCCAGCCCUGAAGCUGCACGACCGAAACCAGCCGGUCACCCUGGACAUGCGCCACUCCGCCUUGUGUCAUUCCUGGCUGAGCUUGCGGCUCUUUGACGAAGGGACCAUCAGCAAGUGGAAGGACUGCUGCACCAUCGUGGACCAUCUCAACGGGGCCACCAACUACUUCUUCUCCCCCACCCGCGUGGCCGACUGGUUCUACGAGUCCAUCAGCGUGGUCCUCUCCGAGAUCCAGAAGAAGCCCCAGCGGGGGAUGCCCAAGGUGGAGAAGGUGGAGAAGAACGGCACGCUCAUCUCCAUCAUCUUAGGGGUGGGCAGCAGCCGCAUGCUGUACGACAUCGUGCCGGUGGUGUCCUUCAAGGGCUGGCCGGCCGUGGCCCAGAGCUGGCUGAUGGAGAACCACUUCUGGGACGGGAAGAUCACGGAGGAGGAGGUCAUCAGCGGCUUCUACCUGGUCCCGGCUUGCUCGUACAAGGGUCGGAAGGACAACGAGUGGCGCCUCUCCUUUGCCCGUAGUGAGGUGCAGCUGAAGAAGUGCAUCUCCACCAGCCUCAUGCAGGCCUACCAGGCCUGCAAGGCCAUCAUCAUCAAGCUGCUCUCGCGCCCCAAGGCCAUCAGCCCCUACCACCUGCGCAGCGUCAUGCUCUGGGCCUGCGACCGGCUGCCCGCCAGCUACCUGCUGCAGGAGGAUUACGCCGCCCACUUCCUGCUGGGCCUGAUUGACGACCUGCAGCACUGCCUGGUGAACAAGACCUGCCCCAACUACUUCAUCCCCCAGUGCAACAUGCUGGAGCACCUCUCCGAGGAGACGGUCAUGCUCCACGCGCGGAAGCUCUCCUCCGUGCGCUCCGACCCGGCCGAGCACCUCCAGAUGGCCAUCGAGCACGUCAAGGCCGCCAACCGGCUGACGCUGGAGCUCCAGCGGAGGGGCAGCGCUACCAGCAUCCCCUCCCCCCAGUCGGACGGAGGGGAUCCCAACCAGCCCGACGACCGGCUGGCCAAAAAGCUGCAGCAGCUGGUGACUGAGAACCCGGGAAAGUCCAUUUCGGUCUUCAUCAACCCUGACGACGUCACGCGGCCCCACUUCAGAAUUGACGACAAAUUCUUCUGAGACUCCCUCUGUCCCCCCACGGCCUCCUGCCCCACCUCAGACUGUGGGACCCCUUCACUCCCCUGGGUUUUCCUGGGUCUGUUUCCAUUGUCAACAUAUCAGGCUGAGGGGGGCCUGCAGGAGAGGGUGGGGUUCUGGGCAUGGAUUGGCUGCUACUCUGACUUGGAGGCCGGCCAGUCCAGCCUUUUCCCAGACCACCGUGACUGUCUGCACAUCUGGCAGCCUCCUUCAGCAAGAAUCCCCUUCUACCUUUAGCACAUCCCCUUCUCUGGUGGGCUGGGUCCUCUUCGUAUAAUUAGCUUCCUCCCCCCCCCCUUUUUUCCCUGCUUUCGGAGGGUGACUGUGGGAAACGCCCGGCGGAAGGGUGAGCCGCUUCCUGCUGCUGGCCCAGUUGGCCCGUCUGUUCCCGGGGGUCCUCCAGGGGGACCAAAAUGAGGCCAGGAGCGACGAUCCCAGCGACGCCUCCAGACUGAGGGCAUUUUCUUCUGCUGAUCUCCUGUUCUUGAAUGUAAUUGAUCCGCAUCAGGGCUGGGCAGAACCCGGAGGCUCUUUCUGCCGAGGGUCCUGCAAGGGAGACCCUGGGACAGUCGCUCUGAGCGCCGGUCCUUAGUCAAAGCCUUACUUCCAAGCGAUUAAAGGACGGGCCGUGAGAACGGUCCCUGCGCACUUGC